AAAGACUAAAGGGACAUGUAACUUUCCCAGAUGGUGGUGCAGUUUGGUCAGGUGGUGCUGGGUCCACCUGGAAGUGGCAAGACAACCUACUGUAAGGCUAUGGCCUCACUCCUGCGAGGUCUUGGACGUAAAGUGUCAAUCAUCAACCUUGAUCCAGCCAAUGAUGUCCUCCCAUACGAAGCAGCAGUUGAUGUAAGUGAAUUAAUCCAGGUAGAGGAGGUGAUGGCAACCAAGAAAGUGGGGCCAAAUGGAGCUCUUGUGUUCUGCAUGGAAAUGUUGGAGGCAAAUCUACCCUGGCUGCUCAACAAGAUCCAGGCCUUAGAGGGACACUACCUCAUAUUUGACUUUCCGGGACAGGCUGAGUUGUAUGCACACCACACAAUGGUGCGCAAUAUUUUAAGAGAAUUGGACAAAGCUGAAAUUCGCCUUUGUGCAGUCUACCUUGUGGAUUCUCAUUAUGCUAAUGACCCAGGAAAAUAUGUGUCUGCUGUACUGUUAACAUUAAACAGCAUGUUAAUGAUGGAAUUGCCUACUGUGAAUAUUCUCUCAAAGGUUGAUUCAGUAGAAAAAUAUGGGAGCCUGGAUAUGGGUCUUGAAUUUUACACAGAAGUCAUGGACCUAGAAUACCUCUUGGAAUACCUAGGAGAUGCACCAGUGACGCGCAAGUACACCAAGUUGAACAAAGCCAUGGCAGAUGUGAUCUCAGACUAUUCCCUAGUGACCUUCAUCCCCCUCAGUGCUGAUAGCAGGUCUACUCUGUUGGCUGCAAUGAAGGCAAUUGACAAGGCCAAUGGAUAUAUAUAUGGGAGCGGAGAAGAACGGAAUAUCCAAAGGUUAUUGUCAUGUGCCGUCGGUGCUGAAUUUGAGCACGAGCGCCUGGGGAACGUGCGAGAUGAGUUCAUGAGAGGAAACAGUGAAGAGGAGGAUGACGAGGAUGAGGAAAUUAUCAAGAUGAUAGCUACUCAGAAUCAAAACAGAUGAAAUUUAGGCUGUUUGUUCAUAUCAUUGUCUUUUUCUUUAAGAGGAUCAUAAUUUUUUUUUAUUUUGACCACAUAAUAAUUCCUUUUUUUUAAAUAUGCUGUGAAUUCAGAAAGCAAUUAUUGAAAAUAAAAUUGAUACAGGAGAAAGAAAUCUUCACCUUUUUCAGUACCUUCAUUGAUCUUUCCAAAGCUCAGAAAUAUUGAUUUUUGCUUGAAUUGGAACUAUUAUAAACUAUUAUAAAUAUUGGAACCUGUUAUAAACAAGGAAAAGGGAAACUUUGUAUUAUAUAAUAUCUAUUGUAUUUCAAUUCUUUGGCCACCAUUGUUUAUUGAUAUAAUAUGUAAGUGAGAGAAAAUACUGCUAGGUUUAAGAAAUCGAGAUAUUUACAACAUGAUUUAAUUUAGUACGUAAACAAUUACCCAGAGUCAUCAAUCUGAAAAGGAUGGGUAAAUAGAUGUGGGUGAGUAAGGCUAUAUAUUUAUCCUUUACUACAUGACUGCUAAACCAGUCUUGCAUUUGAACACAUUGGGCAAUUAGCUAUUCUGUAGUAAAAUUGACUGCUGUUUUAUUUUAUGAAAUGCAUAGAUAAGAAUCAUGCAUCAUAGGACAGUGAUUUAUGUGAUAUUAUCCCUAAUAUUUUGUGCCUAUCAAGGAGUUACUGUAGGUUUGUAUAUUUUUUCAUUAUAUUCCAAGAACAUUUAAAGGGUUUUGCAGAAUAUUCUAUGCAUGUUGUAGUUAUACUGUAUGGUUCAUAUGCAUUUUUUUCUCUCUUUUUCUUUUCUUUUUUCUUUCUUUCUUCUUUGUUAUUUAUUUAUUUAUUAUAGCGGGACUGUUCCAUUUCCUAUUUUCUUAAAGUGGACCAGUUAGUAUGGAAGUUAAUGUUGAUAACAUGAAUCAAAAUUUUCUUACUGAUUAAAAGUACAGAAAAGUUGCAGUUUAUUGGAAUUUAUAGUUCAAAAUUAUGCAAAUGUCUAACUUUAGAAAAUUAAAAGGAAAAUCUGCAGCAAUUGCAAAACUUGUAGAAAAUGAUUCGCUAGGUUUUUCCAUUUGAAUGUUUUUACAAUCUAAAUGUAUUCUAUUAAAAAUUUAAUUUUGACAAUCUGUUGGCCUCAGUUCUUAUUAGAUACUCCUGAUGGUAGUUCUAUCCUAAGGAGAAAGGUCUUUCCUAGUGAACAAAUUCUCAUCUCAUUUGCAAAUUAUUUUGAUUCUACUUGGCUGAAUAGUGAUAACACUUCCAGUGCAGAAAUGUAUAGAUACAUUGGUUAUAGUUCUCCUCUUGUUAUUUAACUGUUGAAGUUCAUUGCCUAACAUGUGUUCACAUGUUUCACAUAUUUGAUAUGGAAUCUUCUCAUUUUGUCUUAUUGUUGCUGCUACUUAUCAGCCCCAAAUUGUCUUUCCUGAAAUUUCAUACCAAACAUACACUGCAGUAGUCUUGCAGCUUUUUUUUAUUGUUGUUUAUUACUAGUUUAUAUAACAUUUUCACUUUUUGUUAAUGUGAAUAAUUUUCUAUUUGGUUCCUUUUUACUAUAGAUAUCUGAGGAUAGGCUAGUCAAAAAUAUUUUUUCUAUUGUAUGUUCUUGGAAAAUGAAAGUAUUUCAAAUUUCUUUCCAUCCCUUUUUUCUACAAAAUAUGUGACUCCAUUAUAAUAUAUAAUACGGGAAAUAAACAGUUUCAUACCUA